AUGGGCAGACGCCUCCUCAGCCCCGGCUUCUAUGCUGCGCCCUGGUGGGAACCGCAAUCCGGAGGACCCGGCCCCGCCAAGCGCCGCCGAACUGAGGAGCCCGCGGGCCCUGAACACGGAAUGGCGCCCAGCCUGCCAGGCCCGGCCGAGGCCGAGUCCCGGGCCGCCGACGCGCUCACCUCCGUGGUGGUCCUGGCUGCGGGCUGCGCCCUGCAGCUGCCUCUGGACGGCGUCGACCUGGUGCUGGAGCCCGAGCCCACGUCGGUCCUGCAAGUGUGUCUGGGAGGGCACACCCUCGUGCUGGUGCCCGAGGCCCUCUUGGGCUCGGGAACCGGGGCGCACUCGCCCGUCGGCCUGGAACCCGGCGCUCUCCUGGAUGCUCCCGGGGGAGGCGUCGCCAUCCAGCAGGGAUUCUUCUGCGCAUUUGUCCCAGAGAUCGCCAUCGCCGUCCCAGAAGAGGCCUACGACGAGGACGCGGCCCCCGGGUUCCUGACUCCUUGGAUGGUCGCUGCAGCCGGCUCAGUCGCUGGAACGGGGUUAGGGACCCACCCGCACGGCCCCAUCAGAGCGCCAUGGCCUCGGGCCCCCACGCCUAGUCCAGAGAGACGCCCGCCUGGUCCCUACUACAACCUGGACUUCCACCUUUGGGAGCGCUUCCCCAGCUCACCACUCCAACCUCUACCUCCGUCCCCCAGUCCAGGUCCUCAGGUGCGCCCCCGGCGCCCUCUGGGGCCUGCAAGGGAGAGUAGAAAAAAAAGAUUCCCUGAAGCGAAGACAGUUGACUGUCUGAAUGGGAAGGGGGCACCACGAAAAGCAAAGAGGAAGAGGCCUGAAGAAGCACUCGCUGGGGGCCAUGCAGUGGCCUGA